UAACACCAAGAGAAUAUUUAUCAAUCAAAAGAGAAGUCUGUUGUCUAACACCUUGUUAGCGGUGAAACUUUCCUCUGUGGUGUUGACGGUUAGUUUACGCACAAGUUAGAAGCGGUAGAUAUUUAUCCACCUCGUCAGAAAACACUGAGAUUAUUGCAACAUUUGCUUCUGGUCUCACCUGGUUGUUUCCUCGUAAACUUUUAUCUACAAGGACUACUUUAAAAGUCGAAUUAAUAGCUCAGUUUAUUCUUGUAAACGUAAUUUCGAAUGCGAAAGCUCGAAAAGUAUCGAGGCAUUUCUCCCGCAACAGCUGUCGACAAGGAAGACGGGAAAACAGGAUUAUAAAGAGAAGAAAGAGAGCUUAGAUCAAAGCGACGACAUUUUGUACCUGCCAGCCAUUUUGGACGCUCAGGAGCACUGUAGACGAGUCCUGACGGCCACUUAGUUAUGAUAUUCAUUAGUUUCUUUUUAAUUUUGUUUGAACAAAAGUAUCAACUUUUACAAUAACUGAUACACAGUUGAUUAACGACGAUGGCCAUUUUCAACACCACCCUACAUUGUACAAAAGAAGCACCAGCCGAUGAAACACAGGAAGAUAAAGCAGUUAUAAUAGGAAUCGUUGUGUUAGCAAGCGCGCUUAUUGGUUGUAGUUUGGCGUUGGUCGCUCUCGGAAGAGACUUCUUCAUCGGGAAGAAUCCACCAGUGGUCCUUGUGAGUGCCUUGGUCUGGGUAGAUUUCAUUGGCGUGUUCUCCACUUCAGUGAUCGUGUUCCAUGGUCUUUUGAAAGGUUCAGAAUGGAUGAGAGACUCGCCACAAUGCGGCUUACAGGCGUUCUUCACGACAGCAUUUGGAUUAUCUUCAGGUGCUGUGGUCACUUCCAUGUCUUUGGAUCGAGUGGCUGCCCUGUACAAACCAUUCUUUUAUAAGCAACACGCCACCCCUUUGCUUUCGCGGACAAUCUGUGCAUUUCUCACGAUGUUCUGUCUAGCGUUGGCGGCUCUUCCAUUCUUUGGUAUUGGAAAGUACAAAUUCAACCAAAGUUCCAGAUCGUUUUGUCAGUUUGAUUGGUUCCCAGUUACACUUACUGAAACAGUUAAUUCCUUGGCCAUAGCAGUUUGUGGCGUAACAUUGAUUACCGUGAUGACUGUAUCAAAUACCACCGUUUUAGUCAUUGUGGUGCGUAUCAGACGACGAAUGUCAGCGGUCCUGCCUUCGGAUAUGAAUUCUAAACGCCGUGCGCGGAGAUUCGCUUUCCGACAGGAAGAAAGGAUGGCAAAGUUUGUGGCUUUGGCCUCUAUUGUAUUCCUUUUUACUUGGCUACCAGUAACGGUCCGGCUCUUUUGUAACAUCUUUCGGGCGUAUCCAAGCACCGUAAUGGAUAACCUCUCCCUCAGACUUGUGAUCUUCAAUUUCGUUCUGGAUCCAUUCACUUACGUACUUUUCAAGAAGAAUUUCAAACGGAAUUUACAGCGCUCCUUAACUGAGCUGUCGGAAUUCCUUGCUGAUGUUCGUUUGAAUAAGAAAGUGAACAGGAAUGUAUCUUUCAAAGAAGAUGAUAACAAGUCUGCGUUAGUAUUCGGGAAAAAUGGAGAAAUGUCGGUUAUUGAAAACACUCGAGAUCGUGUUGAAAAAACUUGUUAAAGCAAAGCCAAGAACUUUCCACCGAUCUGGCUAAGAAACUGAUCAACGUGGUGAUAUUUUUAUGAGUAAGCUGAGAUGAAAAUAAAUUGGUCAAGCACAUGCACUGUUCUCUAGUUACGACACAUAAACAGAGA